AUGUUAAGUCCACGGAUUUCAAGAAACAAUCCGGCAAAUAUGCUAACAAAAUUUGCCGGAAUCGCAAUUUUCGUUUUUUUUGUUCUUUUCAGUGAGUUUUUUUGUUGGAAAAGAGGAAAUUAAUCAAUAAUUAGUUAAUUUUCAGUUUUAAUACUCACAUCGUCUGAAAGAAGUGUGGAGAAAAUUGAGAAAAGGUGAGAGAGUUGAUAAGAAAUGAGUCUUAUCAGUUGGAAAACAUAGAAUUCUAUGUUUACAAGGUUUUUUGUAUUUUUUUUUAAUUUUGUAAACUUUAGACCCCUGCCGACUUCAAAUGCCAACGCAAAUUCCAACCAAGAAGUCGAAGAAGUGUCGAGCCUUGUGGAACGAAUCAAAAUGCUCGAAGAUGAGCUAACUUCUUUGCGAACGAGGAUGGAUGAUUCGGAUGAUCGAAGAGAUCAAAGUUUGAAUGCGCCACUUCCAACUACGUGGGUUUUUAGAAGAAUAGAACAUGUUGAAAAAAUAAUUCGAAUUUUUAUAGGAAAUCCUUUCCCUCAGUUCGAUAUCGGAAUGAAGAGACUAGAAAGAGGAUUUUGAUAACUGGUGGAGCUGGAUUUGUUGGUUCACAUUUGGUGGAUAAAUUGAUUUUGGAUGGGCAUGAGGUGAGUGUAAACCGCAAUCUUCCGCGCAGCGCCACAAUCUUCCGCGGACGCGGCAUUGCCUUGCUCAAACAUGCGGUAAAAACUAAUGUAAAGCUUUAAUAGCCUAUUAGAAACCACGUGAAAUAGAGAGAGAGUGCAGACAUGUUUUUUGUCUGUGCUCUCUCAAUUUUCCGCUGUCUCUGUAUAUUUUGGACAUUUUUCUGCAUAGGAACAUAUUAAUUUUUUGUUACAUUUUAUUACAAAAUAUUGUGCAUACUUCGGUUUUUCAAUAUUUUCCCGUUUCCAAAGCUUCUUCUCCAAAAAUCCUCAUUUUUUCCAGGUAAUCGCAUUGGACAACUAUUUCACUGGCCGAAAAAAGAACAUUGAACAUUGGAUCGGUCAUCCGAAUUUCGAAAUGGUCCAUCACGAUGUUGUGAAUCCGUAUUUUGUGGAAGUCGAUCAAAUUUAUCAUUUAGCGUCUCCAGCUUCACCUCCACAUUAUAUGUAUAAUCCUGUGAAAACUAUCAAAUCGAAUACACUUGGAACUAUCAAUAUGUUGGGAUUAGCGAAGUGAGUUCAACUCACUGAGUUGACGAGCGGCGGAGCCGCGAGUGUAGACCGCAAGCUUCCGCGCAGCGGCACUGUCUACCGCUUCAGCGGCCACGUGUUUUCAGCGGCCAAGUGGACGCUGAAGCAGAAAAAAAAAAUUAAAUUUCAAAAAAAAUCCCGAUUUUCAGACGAGUAAAAGCCACAGUUCUUCUCGCCUCAACUUCCGAAGUUUACGGAGAUCCGGAAAUCCACCCGCAACCUGAAACAUAUUGGGGACAUGUGAAUACAAUUGGCCCGCGAAGUUGUUAUGACGAAGGAAAACGUGUCGCCGAAUCCCUCAUGAUUGCCUAUAAUAAACAGGAAAAUGUGCAAAUUCGAAUCGCUCGAAUUUUCAACACUUUUGGUCCUCGAAUGCAUAUGAAUGAUGGAAGAGUUGUGUCGAAUUUUAUAAUUCAAGCGAUUCAGAAUAAGCCAAUAACGAUUUAUGGAAAUGGAACACAGACGAGAUCGUUUCAAUAUGUUAGUGAUCUUGUUGAUGGUUUGAUUAAAUUGAUGAAUAGUAAUUAUUCGGCACCUGUGAAUAUUGGAAAUCCGGAAGAGCACACGAUUAAGGAAUUUGCCACGAUUAUUAAGAAAUUGGUUAAUGGUGAGAGCUUAGGGGGAUCUUUUGGAAACAUUUCUCUAGAUUUUGAGAAGUUCUUAAAAUUUAUUAAAACACCCAAAAGCCGUUAGAUUUUCAGAAAUUCUGGAAGUUCUUCUAAAAAAUGCUGAAAAUUGUACUCUACAUUUUUAAGAGCCCGGCGUCUAGAGAUUCAGUUUGGCAAGGAGCCGAGCCUUAAACUCCCAGUUCUCAAGUAGCCAUGUCUAAAGCAUUGCAUUGUCUAGGAAUCGGCCUCUAGAAAUCCUAGUCGUCAAGGUGUCGAGCCCAGAGAACCUAAUUCUCUAGCAGCCGCGCCUUGAGAUUCACUCUAUCAAGGAGCCUCGCCUUGAUAGCUCCUAUGCCAAGUAGGCAAGCCUUGAAAUCCUAGGUCUCAACUAGCCGAGCCUAGAAACGUCAUUUUUCAAGGAUCUAGAGAACCUUAUUUUCUUGGAUCCGCUCCUUUAGAGCCUAUUUCUCUAGCACCCGCGCCUUGAGAUUCACUCUUUCAAGGAGCCUCGCCCAGAGAUUGAUUCUGGCAAGGGUCAGCGACUAGAGAACCUAAUUGUCAAGGAUCGGCGCUUGGAGAACUUUAUUCUCUAGCACCCGCACCUUGAGAGUCUAUUUCUCAAGUAGCCGUUCCUAAAGCAUUUCAUUGUCUAGGAAUCGGCCUCUAGAAAUCCUAGUUUUCAAGGUGUUGAGCCUAGAGAACCUAGUUCUCUAGCACCCGCGCCUUGAGAUUCACUUUAUCAAGGAGCCUCGCUUUGAGAUCUUGUGUGUCAAGGAGCCAAGCCUAGAAAACCUAAUUGUCAAGGAUCAGCUUCUAGAGAACAUAAUUCUCUAGCACCUGCGCCUUGAGAUCUUCUACAUCUAGUAGCCAACCCUGAUUUUUUGCAGGUUCAACAUCCGAAAUCAAAAACAUGGAAUCACAACAAGACGAUCCACAACAACGAAAACCCGAUAUCAGUCGAGCGGCGAAAGAAAUCGGAUGGAAACCGCAAGUUCUAAUGCACGACGGUCUGAUGAAAACCAUCGAAUAUUUCCGCGCGGAAAUUGAGACGAAUAAACGGGGCGGAAAACCGCCUCCGGAACCUGUGACUCAUGAAGGAUUGGAGAAAUGA